AUGCUGGUGCUGCUUCCUCCCGGGUUCAUCGCAAGUACGGGUCUGCUGUUCGACGGAAACUACUCGUGCACGAUCCUGCGAAGCAAGAAGCCGGCGCAGAGAAGUUACAUCAAGCUGACAAACGCGCUGCAGCCAGUGCUGCGCAUCUGGAACACGCACAACGUGAUCGUCAUGGACGUCAAUUUCUACCUGCCCGUCAAGUCCAGCUCACGCCUCUGCUCCUUCACUGAGGUCGGCAAGGGCAUGCUGUGUCCGGCCAUCCACAUCUGGCGAAGCUACGGCGUGCAAGUGGCCAAGGGCGAGGUGUUUGGGCGCAUAGACGUGUUUCGCAGCAUGCAGGCGCGGGUGGAUGGCAUGAGUGUCACCGCCACCUACCGCUUCGUCAACUCUCCCGGGGUUAUCCGCAUUGGGGAGAGCGGGUACGGACCGGAGCUGGUGCGAUCGAAUAUAGUGAUCUCGAAUAAUGAAGCAUAUGGCGUGGAUACACCCAUUGUGAUGCACUGGGGAGCGGUGGGAGUGACAGUGAUCAACAAUUUCGUGCAUGACUUUGGGUUUGCGGGCAUCCGGCAACGUGGCAGAGUGCAAAUACGCAACGUGACAGAGUGCAACUACGUGACAGAGUGCAACUACGUGACAGAGUGCAACUACGUGACAGAGUGCAACUACGUGACAGAGUGCAACUACGUGACGGGCGGAGACCAUUGCUACUACCUGCACGUCGCACUGGGUGCACUGCCACUCCCUCCUAUUGCAUCAAGUCCUGUCACAACCCCACACAACCCCUCACAACCCCCUCACAACCUGUCACAAUCCCUCCUUCCAGGCAACGUUGCAGAGUGCAACUACGUGGCAGGCGGCGACCACUGCUACUACCUGGACUAUGUCACAUCAGGAGUUAACCCCUCUCAAUCGCCUCACAUCCCCUCAUAUCCCACUCCAGGCAACGUGGCAGAGUGCAACUACGUGGCAGGGGGCGACCACUGCUACUACCUGGACUAUGUCACAUCGGGUGUGGUGAUCCGCGGGGGUGCGUGCAUCAACACGUACGACGGCAUCAAAGUCAACAAUGGGAAGCUGUAA